AUGGCUCAAGAUAUGAGUGAGAAGGAGCUAAAGCAAAUGGAAUUAGAUCAACUGAAGAAGGAAGUGAAGCUUGAAAGACAAAUGAUCUCCAAGACAGCAAAAGAACUCAGAACCUUUAUAGAAUCUAUGGCUGCAGAAGAUCCUCUCUUAAAAGGGGUCCCAGAAGACAAGAACCCAUUCAAGGAGAAGGGAGGUUGUACAAUAAGCUGA